AGUGAUUGCCUCUGGGUUACCGCGCAGGCGCAAGAUAAGCGAGGCGCCGCGAGUUGUAGAGGCGCUGUUUGCGGGUCUCUGUGCGGGACCGGGACGCCGCGGGGUCCCUGAGGCGAGGGUGUCAUGUCAGACAACGAGGACAAUUUUGAUGGUGACGACUUUGAUGAUGUGGAGGAGGAUGAAGGGCUAGAUGACUUGGAGAAUGCUGAAGAGGAAGGCCAGGAGAAUGUCGAGAUCCUCCCCUCUGGGGAGCGACCGCAGGCCAACCAGAAGCGAAUCACCACACCAUAUAUGACCAAGUACGAGCGAGCCCGUGUGCUGGGCACCCGAGCGCUCCAGAUUGCGAUGUGUGCCCCUGUGAUGGUAGAGCUGGAGGGGGAGACAGAUCCUCUGCUCAUUGCCAUGAAGGAACUCAAGAGGCGGUGGCUCAGAGAGGAGUGACUCACCUGAGGCCCCGUGGCCAAUGCGUGGUGGAUGGAAGUACAUGGAACGCCAGAGCCAGGCUGGUGACCAAUGCUGGUGGUGGGGACUGGUCAGGGUGGCCACCAGGGAGGCGAUGUGAGGACACGGUCCAGACUGAUGAAACAGGUGACGGGGGCAGGCACAGGGGGAGGGAGGUUUCAAGGACGCCCCUCAGUUUCUGGCCCAGGUGACCAGGUGGAAGGUCAUUUCCUGAGUGAGGGACACAGCAGGACAGACAGGCUUGAGGAGGGACUGUUGGGAUAUCUGGAGUCUAGGAGAGGAUCUGGGCGGGGGAUGGAGGGGAGGGCGGAAUGAGCUCAUGGGGCAAGUGGAAGGCUAGUGGGCAGUGGAAGAGCUCCAGCCCCCAGAGACCCAGCCAAGGUCAAGUAAUAACGACAGUAGACGUUACGUAGCCUUGACUCUGUGCAGACCUCAUCCUGCGUCCUUACAUUAACUCAUUGAACCCUCUCAACCAUUAUCAAAUUGGAGCCACCAUUAUCACCCCCAUUUUAUAGUUGGGGAAACUGAGGCAAGAGACAUUAAGCCUGCAGUGUUGGAAUAGGCAAAUCUGUAGAGAAAGGAACGUGGGUGAGUGGUGGGCUGGGGAGGAUCAUAGCUAACGGGCACAGGCUUUCUUUUUUGGGUGAUGAAAAUAUUCUAAAAUGACUGUGAAAAUAUUGCACAACGCUGUGAAUAUGCAGAAACCCACUGAAUUGUAUGCUUUAAAUGUGUGAAUUGUAUAGUAUUUGAAUUUCACCUCAGUAGAGCUGUUACCAAAAAGCA